AUGCAAAAUAAUAGAAAAUUAGAAGCGCUUUUAAGAAAUCUUUGCUACACAAGCGUUUGCAAGGAAGUUUUCAAAAACAUAAUUAUUGAGGAAGAUGAAAGUAUUUUUGAAGCCAAGCUUACAGAGCUCUUUAAUUAUGUGGCAGAGAAUUCAUAUUAUGCUCAUCUUCCAAAAGGUUUGCAUGGGGUUACUGCUAUUGGCUGUAAAAUAUUCAUAUCAAGCAAAUACUUGAAAAAAAUAGAAGAUGAAGAAGAAGAGAAAAAAGAAAAGGAGAAAGAAGAAGAGAAAGAAGAGGAGAAAAAAGAAGAGAAAAAAGAAGCGAAAAAAGUAAAUGAAUUAGAAGUAAGAUUAAGAAGAGAUCUAAAAAAGCUAGAAGAUAGAUUUAGAUGGAGCCCAACUCUGAAAAUACUUCUACAUGAAAUAGCUGUUCUUUCUACUAGAUUCUGGGAACAGCAAACAUCUUACUUUAGAAUUGCACCUAGAGAGUAUAUAAAUCCAUCAAAUCCUCGAAAAUCAUAUAAAGAUAUAGGAGACUAUCUCGAGUCGUUACUCUUUGGUGACAGGUUGAAGAGUCUUUAUCGUGGAGGGGCAGAGAUUUUAUUAAAUAUUCACAACUGAAACUUGCCGAUUGAUAGGUUUCAGUCUAAAUUCCUAGAAUGGCAAGAAGAUAGCAAAGCAUAUGGUGGCAAUUUUUACCUUCUCUGAAGUCGAAAAAUAGAAGCCAACUGUGUUACAUUCGGCAGAUGUGGGAUGUCUUAUUUGAAUUCGCGUUAG